UGACAAAUUUCGAGCAAGGCUUGUUGCUAAGGUUCAUACCCAACGGAAAGGAGUUGACUAUCAAGAUACUUUUGCCCCAGUUAUCAAAAUGACAACAAUGAGAAUUUUUUUUGCCAUUGCUUAGAGGAACUGGCAUAUUCACCAAUUAGAUGUGAAUAAUGCCUUUCUCCAUGGAGAUUUGCAGGAAGAGGUCUAUAUGACUCUACCUAAAGAAUUUUCUCCUCCCCCUAGCUUUACAAAUCCUGUUUGCAUACUUAAAAAGUCGCUUUAUGGAAUGAUGCAAGCUUCCAGGAAAUGGUUUUCUAAGCUAACCGACAAGUUGAUAAGCUACAAGUACAUUCAGAGCCAAGUUGACCACUUCCUUUUCUAUAAGGUUACAGAAACAAUGACUUGUGCUUGGUGGCAAUGACUUGCCUGAGAUUGAAGCUUUGAAGACAGCAUUACAUACUGAAUUUAGCAUCGAAGACAUGGGUGACAUGAAGAAAUGCAUCUGGCAUUCAUGUUUCACAAAGAAAGUACACUCUUAAAAUUAUUGAAGAAGCACAACUCCGUGAUUCUAAGACACUCACCACCCCUAUGGAUUAAAAAUUGCAUCUCUCAAGUGAUUGCUCCUCACCAUAUGAAGAUCCUGAAUUCUACAGAACACUUGUUGGCAAGCUCAUUUAUCUUGCCACUAGAAGACCAAACAUAAGCUAUGCUACACAACAACUUAGUCAGUACAUGGCUAAUCCCAACGUUCUCCAUUUCAAAGCAGUUCAGAUAAUCAUUUGUUACCUCAAAUGUGCUCCUGCAACAGGACUCUUCUUUUCCAGCAAUGGCUCUUUUCACUUAAAAGCCUUCUCUGAUUCAAACUAGGAAACUUGUGUUGACACCAGGUGAUCCAUCUCUGGCUAUGCCAUUUAUCUUUGAUAUUUUCUUGUCUCUUGGAAGUGCAAGAAACAGAAGACUAUGUCACGAUCUUCAUGUGAGGCAGAAUACCGAGCACUUGAAUUCACCUCCUGCGAGAUACAGUGGCUUCUUUACUUGCUUCGUGAUUUUCAGGUACCUCACCAUCAACCAACAACCCUUUUCUGUGACAAUCAAAGUACCAUUUACAUUGCUCAAAAUCCAACCUUUCAUGAGCGCACAAAGCAUGUUGAAUUGGAUUGUCACCUUGUUCGUGAAAAGCUGUUCAGUCGCACGAUCAAGCUCCUUCAUGUUUCCAGCACUCACCAGUUGGCAGAUUUGUUCACAAACCUUUAUCACCAGCUCCAUUACGUUUUGUCAUCUCCAAGCUCGGUGUGCGCGAUCUCUACCAACCAGCUUGCCGUGGGGGGGGGGGGGGGGGUAACACCAAAGGGUUUCAAAUUCCCUUUUGAUUUCAAUGUGACCGUUGAGACCAAUGAUUUGAAACUUCUCAAUCCGAACCUUUUAUUAAAAACGUGUUUGUUCUGCUUCUCUUGUUUUUGGCCAUCGUUUACUUCACAGCCAAGACAUGCUUAGUUUCCUUUUCAAGCAAACCAAGAAAUGUAUGCUCUGGUUUCUUUCUUGUUUUCUUCUGCGAUGGCUGUAAUAUAUAAACACAAGUGAAUCAAUGAGAAACUCAAGCCUUAUGGUUUCAAUUGUUGUUAGGUUCAAUGUUGUGAGAACUGCAUAGAUUGAUCACCAAACUAACUAUAAGGAACACUAAAUAGAACAUAACUCAUAUAAUUAAGACAAUGUUAAUGUCAAUGUUACCCAUGUAUGUUAUCUUCUCUUAAUUCAAUCAAAAUUUUUGUGGUUACUCUUAGGCUUGAUAGUCAGUUAAAUGGUUAUCAUUGUCAAAAAAAAGUUAAGAUGUUAAAGUAGAUAAAGAGUUUUGUUUGCAUUUUUUUCUAGAAUGAUAGUAGGGCAAACCUCAAUGAUGUCAUUGAGUACAAACGAGAGUGUAAUGUAACAUUUUAGACAAAUUCUACAUUGACAACACUGAAAAAUUCAUUAGUCGUUAAUUUUUUUUUGGUAAGAAUCAUCGAUAUUUAAUUACGGCUAACCAAUUCAUUCUUUGAUUGAUGAUUUUGGCGCCUACCGAUUUGGUACUUCAACCAAAAUAAAACCCGUGAACACCCCAUUCCUGAUCAUAUAAUAUUUUUUUCCUCCAUUUUUACGUUGAUUUGAAGAUACUUUUUCUGUAGAUGAAUCAUGAGAUGUAAAACUUGCAGCGAUGAAGAACCAAAACAAAAUGAAAUUUUUUGUAUAGAUAUAAAUGGACAAAAAAUGAGAAGCACUGAAUGCUUAUGUCGUGCAAGGAAUCAUGUUGGCAACUACCUUGUGGCAACUAGGUUGAGAAGCAAGCUUAGUCUUCAUUUCAAUGAGUGUUUUCUUUGGAGGUCGUGUUGUUGGCAUGUAUCCAUUUUUUUCUCCAGUGUUGGCUUUGAUGUAUGGAACUGGUUUCCUGUUUUGUAGGAAAACUCAAUUGUAGGAGAAACAAAUUGUUGGUGUUGACUCACUGUAGCAGUAACAUUUGCUGCCACUACAAGAAAAUGGAGAUAUAGCGAUACAUAUUAGAGGCACAUUAUAUAUUAGCCUCUGAAAUAAAAUUAUCAGUGACAAUUAUAAUAUGUCCCUGUAUAUGACACUAUUUGUUGCUAAUUGGUUUUUUUUUAUAAAAAAUUGUUUCGACCAAGUUAGUGGAUCACCUUAAGAGGCCGUUAUUUUAUUUGGAGGUGAAGAUUAGUAACUUGGUGGUAAGAGUGAUCUUACUCCGGGAAAAUAUGUCCUCCAAAUAUUUUCAUGGUUCAAAUUGUUAAACUUAGUACCAAUUGAUUUUUCUAGAGAGAACUCCCUCGCCAGUCCCUUUAUCAUGUUGGAUUGUCAGGCUAGCUUGUGCCAAGGUCAUUUUAACAUAAUUUAAAAAAUGUUGCAAGAUUGUAGAGCUUUUUGAUGUUAUGUUAACAAGCUAACAUCGUUUUAUCUAUUAUCAGGUUUCAUUGCCUCAUAGCGAGGAACUUUUGAUACUAUAACUCGCUAAUUUGGCUCUUUUCCCCUCAUAGUGUUACAGUAUGUAUGAAGUUCUAUUUCUGCACUUCAACAAUAUCUAUACUUUUAAUCUAGUUGUUGUUUUACUGGUUACAUUUAUGUUAUUGUCUUGGAUGAAGAAAAGUGAUCAUUGAUCUUGUUCCUAGGCAUUCUCUUUGAUUUUCGGUGGGCAGGAAAAAACAAGUGUUGGGUAUGAGUACCAAAGAGGCUCAUUGAGAAGAAGAGCAUAAUGACAUGAAGGGUUGAAGGAGAUGAGGGUCUUAUGAUAUGAUCCAAAUUGGAUCAAUUCACAAUCCACAAUUGUUUGCCAAAGAAGACAUCUCAACUCACAUGAAAAAUUCUAUAUUUUGGUAAAGUGUUGGAACAGUUUCGAGAUUCCCACUUUGGAGGCAUGGUUCUCACAAUUGGAUUGAUGAAAAUUCAAUUAAGUGCUUUUAUUGAAGAUGGAACGUUUAUCUACACAUUGGUAUGCUUGGUUUCUCAAGGAGAAGUCGGGAAGGUUAUUUUCCAAGCUCACCAAAAGCCUAUGUCAAAAAUAGAAAACUGCCAGAAAAUGGCCAAGUCAGAAAACUGUUUUGUGAAGCCUACUUUGGAGCUCAAUUCAAGGAUCUUGGAUCUCAAAUGCUUCCACAACAUUAAAUUAUGUAUGUUUAUCUACCAAGGGAAGGAAUUGGAUGAAAGAUUGGAGUUCUGGAAGGCCUCGAACGAAUGGCACAAAGUUAGUACGAAAGCUGUUUUUGGACUGUUAGCUGACAACUUACUUGUGCUUCAAGAAAGGAAGUUUGAGUCUGAAUUUUGUAACCUUUUUAGGGUAGAAUUUUACCUUAUUUGUUUCCAAGUUACAUUAGGUUUUUAUUAGGUUUGUAUUGCCUUUAAAUAGCUUUCAAAUUCACGUUGUAAAGUAGACUUUGUUGAAUAGAAAUCGAAACCGUUUGGUUUGUGCAAGUUGUGGCUUGUUUUGGGUUUGGUGGAUUUCAAACUUGUUGUGCUUGUGUAUCGAUUGAAUAGUACCUUCAAUCGUGGUCGAGCAAAUACUCUUUUAUACCAUAGGAGCUUUCCUCAGGUGUGGAAUUGUCCGUUGGUUCCGUUUUAUCCCAAUUUCGUAUUAAGAACGCGUCGUUCUUGAUUCGAGUUCAAUCAAUCUUCUGAUUGAUUGUUUGCUGCUUUACUUUGAUAAUAUACACCCCCAGGGGUGUAUUAAGUGGUAUCAGAGCCUGGUUCUACACAAGGGCGAAGGAGAAGAAGCAAUCGACUACAUCUGUACAAGCCAACUUCGUGUUCAAAUAGGGCAGCCUCUGUACGUACCCUGAAGCUGUUGUUUCUUGUGAAAUCGCGAUGGAAAACUCCCUUCUAGCAAAGGAUUUGGUAGAGGGCAGUACCGAGGAGCAGCAGGCACAAGUUCAAGGCCAAAAGAAGCAGCCAACAGUCGUCAUCAAGCAUCUUGAAUCCGACAAACAAAGAGACCACCUUUUUCAUACACGAUGCAAUGUCAAUGGCAAAAUAGCAUCCUUGGUGAUCGAUGGAGGAAGUUGUGCAAAUUUGAAAGUAUUUAUGCAGUACAAAAGCUGGAAUUGGAGACACAGAAGCAACCCAAACCUUAUCACCUCAACUGGCUCAACGAGCAUGGAGUCUUGAAGGUCAACAAACAGGUGACAAUCGAAUUCAGCAUUGGUAAGUACCGAGACACAGUUCUCCGUGACGCAGUUCGAAUGCAAAACGUUCAUAUUAUGUUGGGUAGGACUUGGCAAUUUGACAGAAGGGUUAUCCAUGAUGGUUGGGAGAACUCAUACACGUUCAAACAUGAAGGCAAGAAGAUCAAAUUGAAGCCUAUGAGCCCGACGAAGUUUAUGCCGAUCUCAAGACAAUGGAGGAGAAUAGGAAUGAGGGAAAGAGCGUUCAAUCUCAGUUGUGGGUUAAGAGACCCCUUGGCUUCAAUUUCAUGAGCUUAAGGAUGCCUCAGAAGGAAGAUUUCUUACCUGAACUCCCUGCCAGAACGUCCCCUGUUCUGUUUCCCCAAAACAGAGCUCCGUGCUACGGCGCCUUGACGAUGAAGGAGGAGGAGGAGGAGGAAUGUGGAAACACGAGAUCGGCACAUAAUUUUUUCAAAAGGAUGGGGGAACGACUAAGAUUCAAGAGGAAGCUCUAUAGAGGGCUGAAACUGAUCGAACGCCUCCAACGACUAGCAUUCAAGAACUCACCCAUGUUCCCGCAAAAUAGAGCUAAAGAGAGAACGGAUUGGUCGGGACACUGGGGAGUGCAUCGAGACUCGCCGCCAAUGCCGAGAAAUUCCUUUCGACCUUGGGAACAUUACUAGUAGCUCCAACGGAAUAUGAAUUGAUGGAAAUUGCCACUUUGAAUUCGCCAGCAACAUCUCCGUUUGUGACAAAGAAGGGCGAUCAAGACCCCUUAUUAUGCAGGGUUCUCGAGCUCAAUUCGAGUCGUAUUCGUGCUGCAAAACCAUCAAGGGAUGGGAUUGUGUAGGAUCGUUCAAUUGGCUGCGAAGACCCCUGGAUCACAAAGCUCAAUUCGCAAAUUUCGGGUCCAAACGUGAAACACAACGAAGGUGAAAAGGGAGAGUUGGUUGUGGAGUUCGGGAGUGAAUUGGACCAAGCUAGAGAUGUAGAAUCAUUAAUGGAGGUCAAAGGAAGGUGUGUGAGCGAUCAAUUCAUCUCAGCAAUGUCAGGAUAAAACCCCCCUAAUUUUCAUUUUGGCUCGCUCGAUUCUGGGUUUCGCUCGCCGCAAUCUGGAAAAUUCAAAUCUUCCGACGGUGGGAAACAAGGGACUUCCAAUUGGAAACGAAUUGGACGCAUUCGAAGCAAUGUAAUGACUGGAAUAGGCACCUGGGAUCCAGGCGAGUCGAUUGUGAGUGCUGAAUUGGAUCGAGGAUGCUUCGAGAAGAAACGCCUAAAUUUGGAGUGCUCGCCGAAAACCUUGAAGUUGCCGGAUUCUGGGAUUUUAACACCGGAAACUGGAAAAUUGGAGCCAAGUGAUUUGUGUUCAAUUGAGCAAAUUGUUUGCGUGGGAGAGUCCAUUGGAGUCUCACUAACAUCAUAGCAUUCGAAUCGUGGAAGACAGCAGCAAGAUCAAGGAUCGAUUGCUGGGGUAUAAAGAGAGUUUGAUUAUGUGCUUUCUUUUUUCUGAGAGGCAUUGUUGGGGUAUAAAGAGAGAAUGAAAACACGACUUGGGUGCACUAAUGAACAAACUUAAUAGCAUGCAUAAAAACUCUAGAGCAAUAAAUGGUACCUAAGAGACACCAAAAUGAAGAAUGCCUUAGCCACCAAUGGUUGCUACGCACCUGCAUACAUAAAUGGUGGUAAUAAAUUUGUCAUUUCACA